AUGAAUCCACUACAUGCAAAAUGGAGGCCAGAACAGCACAGCAAGCGAAGAGAGAAGCGUCUGUACACGAAACUUCUAAAUAACGCAAGCCAGUGCCUUUCUUUCUCUGAAGAUGUAAUCAGAGAAAUGAGGCCCAUUCCAUAUAAAGAAAUUGAUUUUAGCUGGCUUUUCCAUGCCACGGGCCCCUUAGCAUCAAGUACCAAGUUAAAAAAAAUAAGGAGGAAUAAAGAAAUACACAACCUCAUUAAUCCUUUAACUCAACAAGCAGGCAAAUCUUCUGUACAAACCUCUGCAAAGAACGAUGUGAGCGAUGUUUUCAGAAAAACAAAACCGUUCGGGAUGUUGAAUGCGCAUACCUGUCUGAGGGAAACUUUUAUAGAGGAUCGGGAAGCUCAGAACAAUAGGUGGCCAGAGUUUGCAGCAAAUACAAAUCAACAGUUACAGCUCAGGAAAAAACACAGGAUAUCAGAUUAUAUUUUUUCUCCAGCGAGCACCAAUGUGCAGAAUCACUUAAACACCAAAAUAACAGUCAAGCACAUCGAGAUUCCCCUAGCCCCUCGUCUGCAUGAUAUCUUGAAUCCACAUGCAAGCAGCCAUGUCUCUGAACAGAAGAUUGUCUCAGCAGGAACAAAUAAAGCUUUAAAAGAGAAACAGCAAUGGAUGGAUCUUCAGCCUACCAAAAUUGACUACAGCCAAGAGCAUGGUCUCAGACCUCCUGAUUUUAUUGGACAGGAUUCUGAGACGCCAAAACUGUCAGUGGCCGAAAUUUCUGCUCUUCGAUAUGCAGUGGACAAGUGGAGGAUUGCGUGCAACGUCAAAUUGCCAGUGUGUAACCAGAGCGAUGCUAGUUGGCAGAGUGUGACCCUCAAGAGCCUACAACGAAAUCUUCGUGACCCUAAUUACCAGGUGCGACUGGAGGCCAUCAUAACAUGUGCAUCAAGAGCAGUUCAUGGACCACAAGUAGAGCUCGACCCUGGCAAAGCAGGUCAGCACUGGAACAGAUUGAAGCUAAAGGCAAUAACUCAGAAGCUGCAGGCCAUUAUUAACGCAGCCCUCAAUGACCCAGUAAAGAGAGUUCGGACGGCUGCUGCAGUGUGCCAGUAUGCCAUGAAGACGCCUAAUGCACAAGCCAGAGACAUACUACGAAGCAUGAUCAAGCAAGACCUGUCUGGCACUGGCACAGACAGCUGGGUGGCGGCACAAUGCUUGGCGAUAGAGGGUGACGUGAGUCAAGCUGUCAUACAGAGAAUCCUGUCACAGCACUUCCUCAGAGAUGCUCCUUCAGAUCAGGAAAAGUCUAUGAUGUUACUUUCUAAGAUUAGCAGCAAGACGACACUAGUGCGCUCUCUUCUGGCAGAAGAGUUAAACAAUGCUAACUGGAACGCUCGAGUUCAGGCCUGUAACAGUAUUGCAAAGCUCAAGAGUCCAAUCAACAAGGAUGUUUGCACCAAACUGCUCCACGUGAUGUGGAACGACUGGAGCUGUGCUGUUCGUCACGCUGCAGCAUUGGCUCUGAGUAAACUGGACGCAGCCAAAGAGAUGCACGCCGAGCUGAGCACAAAGCUGGAGGAGGGACCGAGUGCUCGCCGAGUCGAAGCGUUGACUUUUAUUGGUCAGCUCAAUAUAAUGACACCCACGCUACGUCCCACUUUCCUGCGGUGCUUUAAUGAUGACUGCGAGGCUGUGCGCAAACAAGCUUGCUUGACUGCAGCGUCUCUAAUGAUGAAAGAUCAGAUGGUCUUGGAUCAGCUAAUUAACCUGAUGCAGAAUGAGCCAUUAUGGGAGGUGAAAGUGGAUGCAAUUAAUGCUUUAGGGAAUAUAGGUUGGCUGAAUCCAGCUCUGCAGGAGCUGCUGAUGUGGGCUGUGCAUCAUGAGGAGGAGCCCGGUGUGCGCGUCGCUGCAUGUGAGGCCCUGAACAAUCUGGGUGCAAACGGCCUUCAGUUCCAGCAUUUCAUAGAGGAUCGUUAUACACUGGAACGCAACGCUGAGGUGAAGAGCCACAUUGAAUGUCUUCUGAAAAAGCAUGGAUACAGUCUGCAUGGAGACCAAAGCAAAAUGAAUGAUAUAAAGCUCCAGGUGAAGCUGAUGUGUUCGGAUCACAGCAUUACACAGAAAAUGCUCUUAAUGGACGAUCAGCAGCAGCAGAUGUUAUUGUGCUGA